AUGACGACCUCAUCCGAUUUGAAAGGGGUAGGCGACGAUGUUUUCGACGGCAAGAACCAGGCACUGAAGAUUGAGGCUCUCUCUCAGCCAGCUGAAGACCACCAAUCAGCAUGGCAGUGCAUUCGGGCGAACCCUAAGAUCUCACUAUGGACGCUGUGGGCAAACAUUGGUUCCAUCAUGAUAGGCUAUGAGAACCUCGCCCUCUCCGUCUGCUUAGCAAUGCCAGCUUUCCAAAUGACCUUUGCCUCAGAAAUCGACGGUGUCAUGCUCAUACCAGCGCGCUGGCAGUCGCUUUGGAACGCUAUGUUCUACGUCAUGACUAUCGUCGGGUCCGUCGCGGCAGGUCCCAUUCAAGACUGGUUCGGGCGCCGCGCGAUAUUCUUGACUUGCAUCUUGGUCUCUUCGGCUGGCAUUGCAGUCGCCUACGUCUCGGAAACACCAGCCAUGUACUUGGGUGCUAAGAUCCUGACUGGAUUUGCGCUCGGAGCAUCCAUGGUGGGAACGCAGACUUUCGUGUCUGAGAUUACGCCGUUGCCUAUGCGUGGGAUUGCGUUGUCGAUCAACACUUUCGCCUUGAAUCUUGGCCUCUUGAUCGCCAUCUCUGCAACAUUCAGCCGUAUCGCCAUCAUGGACCCCUCCGCCUUUCGCCUGGUAUUUGCAGGAGCAUGGGUCUUCCCAGGCACGCUACUACUGGGGCUCCCUUUCGUUCCAGAAUCGCCCUACUGGCUCACCAUGAAGGAAAACCCCGAGAAAGCGCGCGCUUCGCUCGUCCGCUUGUCCAAUCCCUCCGAAGACAUCGACGCACGUCUCAUUGCAAUCCAACACACCGUCGCUAUCGAGCGCCGCCAACAAGCAGAAGCCGGCUCCUUCAUCGAAUGCUUCAAAGGCACCAAUUUGCGCCGCACCCUCAUCACAUUGGCCUGCUUCUACAUGUCCAUAGCCAUAGGCUCCGUCCUGUCAGCCAACUCUCCUUACUUCCUUAACCAAACGGGUCUAUCGUCAAACACCGUACUCAUGAUCACCCAAGUCGGUGUCAGCAUGGGCGUGCUUUCCUCCAUCGUCAACCUCUUCCUAAUGAUGAAGUUCAACCACCGGCCUCUCAUCUUCUUCGGCGUAGGCAUCUGCGCAUUAGCGUACCUCACGAUGGGGAUCGCAGGAGCCAUGCCCCGGACCACUAAGAGCAUGACCGUGGUCGGCAUUGCGCUCCAGUUUUCGACACUCUCGUACGGCCCUGCUGUGGGAGCGGCAAUGGCGGUCGCAGGCGAGGUGUCGGCGACCAGACUCAGGGCUAAGACUCUGGCGCUGGGCAACGGGUUCUUGGGUGUUGCGGGGACGUUCUGGCAGAGCGUCUUGCCCUAUCUGUACAACACUGAUCAGGCUAAUCUGGGAGGCAACUUGGGCUGGAUUUUCUUCGGCAUCGCGGUCGUGUAUUUAGCGAUCCUGUACUUCUUUGUGCCGGGAACAAAGGGGAGGACGUAUGAGGAGCUGGAUGGCAUGUUCGAGGCGAGACUGCCGGCGAGGGCUUUUGAGGGCUAUCGAGGCGAGGAAGCUUCCGCGUAG